UAACUGCGGCGUCCCAGGCCCGUCUCUCCGUCGUCGACUCUGCCGCUGGAUAUUCAGGCAAGACGGAACGUAUUAUCUCUAUCUGUUAGGCCGCCGUCACACUGUUACUUUCUCUAUAUCUUUUACUCCCUCACCGCUGUCAUUCCUUCUGAAAUAUACCUGCAGAGCAUAACACGAUGAGUUACGGGCAGGUUGGCACUCCUUAUGCUGCACCCUCAAGGAACCAGACUGGUCCCUACUUCAGCCCAGGAUACGCCUAUCCCCCAUAUCAUCCGAGAAACAGGAAUGGCACGCCACGGCCAGGUUGGAACGGCCCGGUUCCUCGCUAUCGUCGGUAUAAUAAUCCGCAGGUAUUCAUGCGGCCUGUUUUGUCUUACCCAAGAGCCAUUCCGAGGUAUCGUAAUCGUCGGCAGAACGAGGCGUGGACGGGCUGGGGGCAAAGCCAAUACCCGCCGCCUACGCCAGCAUUAUUGCCUGCAUCGCUCCACGACCGCUCCGCCGAAAGGAACAGCGUUUCAGCCUCUCCGGGACGGGUUCCACGGGUGGUUCCAGAUGCUUCACCGGAGAACGCGUUUAGCGAGAUCAUGAAUGGAGCAUUUGACUCGGAGAAAUCCCCCCUAAGUCUGGGGAAGACGAUGGCGGACAUUGAUACCACCCCUUCUUCAGACAGACUAUUACAGCAAUCAAAUCCCUUUGGAUACCAGAAGCAACAGCAGGGGAAACGAGCUGCUUCUUCUCAAAUCACAGCUCCAGCAGAGACAUACAAGAAGGCUAACUCCUCUUCUUCUGGUGGAAGCAGCCGAUUUGGAUAUGAGAGUAAUACAUUCAGUCCAGGGGAGUCUGAACUUUCUACUCUAGCGCAUCUGAUACAGCAGAAUACAAAGCAGUCAGCCGAGCUGCAACAACUCCUCUUUGAAUUCUUGAAACAAAAACAAGAGGAGUUGAAUAGUCACUCGGUUAGCAGCUCUCGCUCCGAUAACGUGCAAGAGUCCACUGAUGAGAAUGAUGGAAUGCUAAGCCCUGGUCCACACGUUGCAAAUGGAGGUGGUGAAAGUCCUGACCCUCCACAUGGGAGUAAGAAUAAUUUCAGGGGCCACAUGAUAGAAGGUGUCGAGUCAGCUUCCGAUUCAAGGUCCAACUCGGAUUCCGAGAGUAAAUCUACCGUGCCAACUUCAGUAGAUGCAAGAUCUCUUGAUGGUGCCGGCUACCCCAAAGAUCUGCAAGAAAAGUCUCUUAUCAGUGCCAUCGGUACUCUCCACCAUCUCUCUAGCUCUAAAGACUCAGAUUUGUCCGAAGAUUCUGGCGAGCGGAAGAACCGCUUUGAGCGCCCCCCUAGAAAGGGAAGAUAUGAGUCUACGGACGCUGAUAACCGCCGUACCUGGCAGCGCCAUUAUGGCACAGGCCUUUGCCAACGCGCCCCAUCUCCAGGUGGCAGUCCUUCAGGAAAACAGGUUGAAUUUGAUUUCCUCCCGAAGUCUGCAUCUCCAGGAAGCCCACAUAGUUCCACCGACAGCGUGAGGCAUGUCCAAACCUUGCUGACCCCUUCCAAUCGAUACUCAUCUAGGCCCUCGUUCGAGAUGUCGAGCCCUCGAUCUUCUUCUUUGGAUGAGCCACGGACCAUGGGUCAAUGCGUUCCUUCAGAGUUGAUAUCGCGUUAUUACCAUAACUAUGCCCGUCCAAGUGACCAUUCCUACGAAUCCUGGGAGAGCAGCCCGAGAUCUCCAUGA